AAUUUAUCGGAUGAUCUCGAUUUAUAAGUGCGAACUGGCGAGACGUGGAUUAGACUCUAAAAAACAUCAAAAAUCUUUAUUGGGAGUGUCAAGUGAUGUAGCCGGAGAAAAGUGCCUUCGUUUGGCUUCUUUGGCUGAUGAACAAAUAUUCAUCUCUUCUUGUUCUUCAGUACCUAUCACAGUGGCAGAGAAAAUGAAUUUCUUUAGCUCAAGGGGCGCCAAGACGUUCCGGCCCAAGAAGAACAUUCCAGAGGGUUUCCACCAGUACGAGCUGAUGAAACAUGCCGAGGCGACGCUUGGCAGCGGUAACUUACGGCAGGCCGUCAGUUUACCGGAUGGAGAGGACAUCAACGAAUGGGUCGCGGUCAACACGGUGGACUUCUUCAAUCAAAUCAACAUGUUAUAUGGUACCAUCACAGAGUUCUGCACAACAGACAAAUGUCCCGUCAUGUCUGCUGGACCAAAGUAUGAAUAUCAUUGGGCAGAUGGGCAGACAGUGAAGAAACCCAUCAAGUGUUCAGCGCCCAAGUACAUCGACUACCUCAUGACGUGGGUCCAGGAUCAACUGGACGACGAAACAAUAUUCCCUUCAAAAAUAGGUGUGCCUUUUCCCAAGAACUUUAUGACAAUAGCCAAGACGAUCCUGAAGAGGUUAUUCCGGGUGUACGCCCACAUCUACCACCAGCACUUCAAGGAGAUCGUCAUCUUGGCGGAAGAAGCCCAUCUCAACACCUCAUUCAAGCACUUCAUCUACUUCGUCCAGGAGUUUAACCUUAUCGACAGGAAAGAGCUGGCACCGCUCCAGGAACUCAUUGAUAGAUUCUCAAACAAGUGAUAGAUGUGGGAACGUCGUUGAGACAGAGACUCGAUAGAAGCGAUUCUUGUAGUUUAUCCAGGACUUUAACCUCAGCAACUGGAAGCAGUCCCCGCUCCAGGAACUUAGCGAUAGGUUUUGAAACGAGUGAUCAAUGUCAUUGGAUGUUGGAUCCUUGUUUAACAAGAUGGAGUCUUGGUAUGAGCAGUCUAUCUAGUUUGUUCAGGAGUUCAACGUCGGUGAGUACGAGCUGGCCCCACUCUAGGAACUAAUAUUAAUAGGUCCUCAAGCAAGUGAUUCCCUGAUGAUGUCAACAAGGGCAGGAUCUUGAUGACGUGGUGUUGCUGACCAAGCAAGAGCCUUGAUUAUUCAUCUAGUUUGUCCAGUAGUCCAGUGGACCCCGAUCCGGAAACUCAUCAAGGUUUCUCAAGCAAGCGAUGCCAGCCGAUGUUACCCAUGUCCCAAGUCCUCGCAAACUGAGAGGAAGAGACGAUGUAUUCAAGUGAUCCAUCUCCUUUCGUCCUGGGCUCCAUUUCACAAAGACUUCUUUCAAUGACAAAUGACAAAAGUCAGUGACAAAUCUGCUGAUAAC